AUAUUAUAUGUGCUUGUAUUGUAUACCUAUAAAUAUAAUUAAUUUUUCGUUAAUAAGUGUGCAAUAAAUGGAAACAUGAUAUAAAUUGUUUAAUCUUCGGUUUUAAUUUUUUUUAUAUAUAUUUUUUUCCAUGGGUUUGUAAACAUUUUUUUUUAGUAUUGAACUGUUAAAAAUCUAUGUUUAAUUUACUAGUUCUUUAUUUUUAUUGAAGUAACUUAUGUGUCUCAAUUGAAUAACAUUAAGUUAGUAUUAUAAAUUAUAUAUUUAAAAGUCAUUAUGAGCUUAAAUAAAUCAUCUAAAAUCCAAGCAGAUGAUGGUACUGGUUCGAAAGUUAAAAAAAAAUCUAUAAAAAGUAAAAAUACAAAUGCAGCUCAAGAAAAAUUAACUCAACCACCCAUUCAAAUUACUCAAAAAUUGGAAGUUAUGAAAAAUCAAUUAACCAUACCUAAGAGAAGAAAUACUAAACUAGCUGGUACUAUAGGACGAAAAACUGAACUUGACAUUAAUUAUCUGCCACUUAAUUUAGAUAAAUUAUUUAAGAAAACUGUUUAUCAUUUUGAUGUUCAAUUUGUUCCUGAUUUACCAAAAAAUUUGUUAAGAGCUGCUUUAGAAGAAUUUAAUCAUAAAAAUUAUCCAAAAGAUUUCAUUGCCUUUGAUGGACGCAAAAAUAUGUAUGCCAUAAAAAAAUUAUCAGCUGUAGCUGGUAAAGUAAUAAUUUUUAACCCUGAAAAAAACAGAACUGUUGAAUUUAAUAUUCAAACAUCACAUGUUAAUACCAUUAAUAUGAGCAAAAUUGAAGAAUAUUUGAAAAAUGGAUCAUCAAAUUCUCCCCCUCAAGAAGCUUUGCAAGCAUUAGACAUUGUGAUGAAAAAUAGACCAUUUUCAUUGAGAUUUGUUAAUGCAGGAAGGUCAUUCUUUCCAAUACCACGACAAUUCCCUACUGAUUUAGGAGAAGGAAGUGAACUUUGGAAAGGAUUUUUUCAAAGUCCUGUCAUUGGUUGGAAACCAUUCUUAAAUAUAGAUGUUGCUCAUAAAGGAUUUCCAAAACACCAAAGUAUUAUUGAGUAUAUAAAGAAUUGUUUAAAAUGUGAUCUCAAAGCCGAUAUGGAUAGUAAAAAUCUCAAUAUUUUAUUAUGUUAUCUUAAAGGGCUGAAAGUUGAUUUUCAAAUUCCAAACCAGCCUAAUUCAAAACGAUCCUUUAAAGUUAUCAAGUUAUUUGAAUCUGCAGCUAAAUUUUUUUUUGAAAUACAAGACCAAAAUGGAAAUAAACAAAAAAUUAAUGUGGUCCAAUAUUUUAAAACUAUGCGUAAUUAUACAAUUUUAUACCCAAAUUUACCAUGUUUACAUGUUGGAAAUGUAGCUAAACAAAAUGCAGUACCAAUUGAAUUAUGUACUAUCCAGAAAGGACAAAUAUCUUCAAAGAAACUUACUGAAAAUCAAACAGCAAAUUUGGUGAAAAUUGCUGCUCGGCCACCUUCAGAGCGUCGUUGUAGUAUUGAGAACUCUAUUAAAGAAAUUAAUUAUAAUCAUGAUUUAGUGUUAAAAGAGUUUGGAAUUGAAGUCCAACAAUGUUUUGCUUCUAUUCCAGCUCGUGUAUUAGAUCAACCAUCUUUGAUUUAUUGUGCUCAAAAGGAAGUAAAACCGCGACUUGGUGUAUGGAAAGCAGAUAAAUUUUUACAAGCUAUUAAGUUAAGCAAAUGGGUUGUAUUAAAUUUAGACCCACGUAUCAACCUGUCAAUGAUUAAAAAUUUUGAAAAGGACCUUAUAAAAGAAGGCCGAGAUUUGAACGUAAUUAUAAGUCCAAUGAAUCCAGUACAAAAUAGUCCUAUCCAACGAAAUUGGCGAAUGAGUGAUAUCCAGAAUGAAGUAUUGAAUUUUUUCAAUAAACAAAAAAAUAACAUAGAGUUAAUUGUAGUAAUUAUCCCUGAUUCUCCACCAGGCGUGUAUGCUAUUGUAAAACAAUCUUCUGAACUUCAAGUUGGGAUACUUACUCAAUGUGUCAAGUCUAAGACAAUUAAUAAAAUGAAUCCAUCUACAGCAGGAAAUAUUUUACAAAAAAUCAAUUCUAAGUUAAAUGGUACCAAUCAUACACUAGCACUUCGAAACUAUCCGGCAAGUAUGGAUGGGGCAAUUGUAUUUGGUGCUGAUGUCACUCACCCUUCUCCAGAUCAAACUACUAUGCCGUCAAUUGCUGCUGUAAGUGUUACUGCAAGUCACGACGUAAAAGCUUUUAAGUACAACAUGGAAUGGCGUUUACAGUCUCCUAAAUUAGAAAUUGUGCAAGAUCUCGAAAAUAUUGUUCAUAAACAAUUAUUAAAAUUUAAAGAAAUGACUAGAACAAUACCAAAAAGAAUUUUAUUUUUUAGAGAUGGUGUUAGUGAGGGCCAAUUUAUGCAAGUUUUAAAUGAAGAAUUAAUAGCUAUUAGGAGAGCUUGUUUACGUUUAAAUGUAAAUUAUCAACCAGCAAUUACAUUUGUUGUUGUACAAAAGCGCCAUCAUACAAGAUUUUUUCCAAAAAAACCAUUAGACUUUGAUGGAAAAUCUGGAAAUGUUCCAUCGGGUACAAUUGUUGAUACCCAUAUUACGCAUCCAACAGAACUUGAUUUUUAUUUAUGUAGUCAUGCAAGCAUUCAAGGUACAUCCAGACCAACUAAAUACUAUCUUCUGUGGGAUGAUAAUAACCUUACAGAAGAUCAAUUAGAACAAAUAACAUUUUAUUUGUGUUUUAUGUUUGCACGUUGUACGCGGUCAGUAUCAUAUCCAGCACCUACUUAUUAUGCUCAUUUAGCUGCUUAUAGAGCUCGUGCAUAUAUUGAAAACAAAAAAAUUGACUUAAACAGUAUAGAAAAAGAACAAAUCAAUAAUACGUUGAAUCCUAUAUUUUGUGCAAAUACUCCUAUGUUCUUUAUUUAAAUGUACCAGCUAGAAAUUAUUUUAACAAUAUUAUGAAUAUGUUUUAAUCAAAUUUUUGAAAAAUUCUCUGUAUUUA